UACUUUAGUUGUGCUUGUCCGUUUGUUUGGGGCAAGAACUUCAGCUCUUGAAAAGUUGAAAGGGAAAAAUGUAUAAAGACACCGGAAAAUGCUGAAUAUGGAAUUUUCGCUAGGCUUGUGGUUGUGUGGCAUUUUCUUCCCCGUUUCCUAUAAAAUUUGAAACCCUCAUCUAUAAAAUUAUCUUGGUUGUCUGACUUGUCGAUCUGAAGGAGGAGAUUGUUUGUUUGUGGGUUUCUGCGUUUCGAAUUUUCUUGUAAAUACUGCGCUUAAAACGAUCUCUGGGUUUUUCAGAAUAACUGACCAUGGUGAGAGGGAAAAUUCAGAUGAAAAGAAUUGAGAAUGCAACGAGCCGGCAAGUGACUUUUACUAAGCGUCGAAAUGGGCUGUUGAAGAAAGCUUAUGAGCUAUCGGUUCUUUGUGAAUCUGAAGUUGCAGCGAUUACCUUUUCACAGAAAGGAAGAGUCUAUGAGUUCUCGAGCUCUGGGAUGCAAAAGACAAUCAGUCGAUACUUCGAAUACAAAAAGGAAGUGCUAGCUAGCAAGCCUGAAACGGAAGAAUACAUGCAGCAUGAUAUAGCAAACAUGGUGAAGGAAAUUGAGAGUAUUGAAGUUUCUCAAAGAAAGCUUUUGGGGAAAGACUUGGAUUCAUGUAGUGCUGAUGAACUCCUAAAUAUUGCCGGGCAGCUGCAAGGAAGCUUGUGCAGCAUUCGAGCAAGAAAGGCUCAGCUAUUUAAGGAGCAGACAGAGCAACUAAAAGCAAAGGAGAAACUAUUGCCGGAAGAGAAUGAAAGGUUAAGUUUUAAGUUUCGUGCAAAGCCAUGGCAGGCAUCAGCUCAACAGAAAGGUGCAACCCAUAACAGCCAAAGCUCUCAGAGUUCAGAAUUUGAGAUUGAGUUAUCCAUCGGACCAACUGAAAUACGAUUCUUCUAACCAGAAAUUUGCUUUCAACAUAUAAAAUAAUUGCCCCAUUUGAAUUAUUGUGGUCUGUAUAAUCAUCGUGUUAAGAACAUAUGAUUGACGUAUUGAAUUGAUAUGGGUGUAUAUGAAUUGAUAUAGUCAAAUGUUCUAGUUGACAUGAAUUGAUGAAGUCAAACACUUUAGUUACCUUAUACA